AUGCGGCAUCAGGACGAAGAACAGGAGUCUCCAGAGCCAAUGCCGAGCAGCCGCAGCAGUCCAAGCGAAGCUACUGGCAAUAACUCGGUUUGCACACAUGACCCAGGAAACCUUAAAGAAAAGCCCCCUGAUGGCGACAAGGAAGAAGAGUCAAUUAAUAGAACACGUCUUGCUUCACACCUCCCUUUUCUUUUUGCCACGACAAACUCUGCUCAAGAACUGGUGUUAUGGGGCUUCCUAAAAGAACUCGUGGACACUAUUUCAUUUUUAAGAACCCGAUUCACGUUAGAAUAUCUAUUUAGCGUUGAUCGAACAUCGCUCAAUAUAGCACUUGUAAAUAACCUUUUCCCUGCACCUAUGUAUCGAAAGCCGUAUCUGUCUCUAUUUGGUCAAGAUGUUCUUUGCCGUGUUCGUCGAAUCUGUAUAACGCUAGCAGCGAAAGCAUUUUUCUUUAAGCUGCACACUUCCACCCUGCCAGUUAAAACAUGGCUUCAUGAGAAAGGAUUAUAUGUUCCGUGGAAUACAAAUUGUAGACUUUGUAGCCAACCUGAAACAAUAGAACAUUGCUUUAUUCUUUGUCGUGAUGCAUUUUAUUUUCGGGACAUUUUGCAAAGAACUAUCAAAAAAGAAUUUCCUCUCACACCUUACGGUAUCCGCUUCCUUCCUUUCAAAAAGACAAUCAGUAAUGCACCAUAUGAUUUGUUUAUGUUAUUAGGACUGUAUUCACUAUGGAGAAGCCGAAUGAUCGACAGACAUGCCGAGCCACCCCGUUCGACAAGGUCUGUCUUUGGAGAAGAGGCUGCUCAAGUGCGGAGUGUGGUUGCAACCUUUGACCCUGUUCCUGAAUGGAUUUCGUGUCUGGACGCUUGUGCUUGUUUACCUGAUUUUUGAACUUUCAUUGGACUGCCUAGCGUGUGUGAAUUUGUUUUUCAUGUGUGCAUAUAUGUAACGCAACUAAUUUUCGCAUAUAAUUACUAAUAUUUCCAUGCAAUAAAGAAAAAAAAAGUGGCUGUAUAGCCUAGAGGUUACGACGCUCGCCUUAGGACCGGGGGUACGCGGGCUGGAAUCCGGCCUGGGCAAGAAAGUUUCUUUUCUUUCUUGG